AUGGCUCCUAUCACAAACGGUACCAAGAAAGACUUGACGGUCUGCAUCGUCGGCGCAGGCCUCGGCGGUGUCGCCGGCUCCAUCGCGAUGGCAAAGAACGGCGUCAAAGUAAUCCUCCUCGAACAAGCCCCCGAACUCGGCGAAAUCGGUGCCGGUAUCCAGAUGACCCCCAACGUCUCCCGUUUCCUCAUCAAAUGGGGUGUCGCGGACGUGAUCGGCAAGAACCUUGUGGAGUUCGAGGAGUUGAACAUGAGGAAGCAGGAUGGAACCAAGGUUGGGUAUACUCAUAUGAUUCCGGAGGUGAGGAAUGAUGUUGGAUGGCCGUGGUGGGUUGUGCACCGCGCGCAUUUGCACGAUGGACUCGUCGCCGUCGCACAGAAGCAGGGUGUCGAAAUCCGUGUUGAUUCGCGUGUUGACCGGAUUGAGUACGAUGUCGCGCCUGGACAAAAGGCGAAGGUGUUCACAACCAAGGGAGAUGUCGUCGAGGCCGACCUCAUCAUCGGCUCCGAUGGUGUCAAGUCUGUUGUCCGCAACUCCCUCUUCCCCGGUCAAAGCACCGACCCCAUCCAACCAACCCCCAACUGCGCCUACCGUGCCGUCGUCCCUUACAGUGAAGUCCGCAAAGACCCCCAGGCCGCCGAACUCAUCGAGAAACUCACGAUGGAGGUCUGGAUGGCUGAUCACAAGUACAUUAUCUCUUACCCUAUCUCUGGGGGUGAGAUUUUCAACAUGGUCUUGAGUCACCAUUGUACGACGCCGAUGAGUGAGUGGGACAGCGAGGACUGUGUGAAGACGUUGAGGGAGACCUACAAGGAUUUCGACCCCAGGGUUGUCAAGAUCCUUGAGAUGAUCCCAGAGGGGUCUGUUAAGAGGUGGCCCUUGCUCGUCACCGGUCCCCUCAAGACUUGGCUUUCGCCCCAGCGCAAUGUCGCACUCAUGGGCGAUGCCGCACACUCCAUGGUGAACCACAUGGCCCAAGGUGCCGCAACCGCCAUGGAAGACGGCGCAUUCCUCGGUGUCGUCCUCGGCGAAGUCGUCAAGGGCUCUAUCUCCCUCGCCGAAGCACUCGAGAUCUACGAGAAGGUUCGUCAACCCAAAGCCUACGCAAAGCAACAGAUCUCAUUCAUCAACGGCGCAAUCUGGCAUCUUCCCGAUGGCGCGGAGGCAGAUGCUCGUGACGCAGCUAUGUCCCCCGAACUCUCUGGCAAGCAAUACCUCCGUUCGCCCAACCUCUACGGGGACCCGGUCACUGUCUUGGGCACGUAUGCUUACGAUGCCGAAGUCGACGCACAAGACGCCGUUCGCGCUCAUCUCGAGUACAAGGGACAGGAGGAGAUCGGUGUUGCGGGUGUUACGAAGAAGUUGGCGGAUGUUUACUUGAACUGGUUUUUGCCCGAUGGAGGAGCAAAGAGUCAUGCUGUUAAGGGCAAUGCCAAAGAGAAUGCGGAGGACGCGGCGAGGCUACAGGUUGCGGUUGAGGGUGGCGGGAAGGGAUAUCAGGCUGAGGGAAAGUUGUGA